AUGCUAAAACAACUUGAAGACGUACCUGGCGGCCUCAAAUCUGCCAAGUACCCGGCAGAGUGGGCUUCGCACAUCGCAACAAUUCUCGGAUUUCCUUCUGAAUGUUCCCUCCCUUCAACUUUGUAUGAAGCAGCAUGUAGCGAGAUCAUCGAGCUCGCGGGGGCAAUUUCUCAUUUUGAGCCUGUGCGCCUAUACACAAGACCGGCUGAUAUCCCACGCGCCCAAUCCAUGCUUUCGAGCACUGGUCGCGGGUCCUACGCGAUUGACAUAAUCCCAUUCGCUACCAAUCACCUUUGGGUGCGCGAUACAGGUCCAGUUUAUGUGCAGGGCAUCAAGUCCCCAUCAGAGAAAUAUCGUGCUGCUAUUAGCUUUGGAUUUAACGAAUGGGGAGGGAAUGGAGGUGUAGGUGCGGAUGGGUGGCCUGAAUUCACAGCGGAGCAAAUUCAAGAAAAUCAUAGCUUUGCGAAGGAAGUAAUCCAAUCUGAGCACGAUGCCGGAUUGGUCGAAAUCAAUGCAGGAAUUUGUUUGGAGGGGGGCGCUCUAGUCAGCGACGGGGAUGGAACGUUGAUCGUCAGUGAAAGCAGCAUAAUCAGCGAGGGGCGUAAUGCUGGAAUGGCCAAGGGCGAGAUUGAAGAUCAAUUGAGACAACUCCUGGGCGUGGACAAGAUUAUUUGGUUUCCGGGUUUUCACAACCUAGAUAUCACAGAUGUACACGCCGAUGCCGAGAUUCAGUUUGUGCGCCCGGGUGUUGUUGUUGUUUCGAAACCCCACGCGAGUGCUCAAGAGAAAUGGCACGAUGUAUACCGUCAAACAACGAAGGUCCUUAGCUCCGAAAUUGACGCGAAGGGUCGUCAAUUCGAAGUUCAUGUUAUUGAUGAGCCCGAUCCUAAACUGAUCUUAUCUCCUGGCAACGGCUAUCAUGAAGGUGACCCUGCUACCAAUUAUGUGAAUUUUUACUAUGUCAAUGGCGGUUUGAUUCUGCCCAUGUUUGGAGACGAGAAUGCAGAUGGAGCUGCACUGCGAACUAUGCAACAUCUUCACCCAGAUCGAGUGGUCAGGCAAUUUUAUGUCAAUGCCCUUCCAUUGACUGGAGGAGUGAUUCAUUGCGCCACACAACCGGUCCUUUAG